CAACUAUUUGGGAUAUUUGUUCAAAAUUUGGAAUAGCAGAAGGUACUGUACCUUUGUUUACAUCAAGAGUUAUUGAGGCUCUAAAAUCAUUAAAAAAAGAUGUUAUUAUUUGGCCUCGUAAUAACUAUCGACAAAGAAUUCAUAUGGGUUUUGAAGAAAUGUACGGUUUUCCAAAUGUAAUUGGUGCAUUAGAUGGGUCUCAUAUGAACUUGUUUGAGGCCCCUAGUAAACUAAACAAGGAUGUUUAUUUUACACGAAAACGCCGUUAUGCUAUACAUCUUCAGGCUGUUGUCGAUCAUAAGGGAAUUUUUAUAAAUUAUGAUCUUGGAUAUCCUGCAUCUGUUCAUGAUGCAAAAGUGUUUCGAAAUUCUAGUUUAUAUCGUUGCAGAAAUCAACUUUUCGAAGGAAAUGAUUAUGUUUUGGCUGAUUCUGCAUAUCCGAUUUCAUUAAAUAUUAUCCCUUCAUUUAAAAAUCCCUCAGGUCCAGAUAAAGAUAGGCAAAAUUUAUUUAAUAAAAAGCAUAGCAAAUCUCGUGUUGUAGUUGAGCAAGCAUUUGGCCGACUAAAAAACAGAUUUCAAUUAUUAAAAGAACUUCGGACAAGAAAUACUAAAAUUGCAUCUGAUUUGAUAGAAAUUUCAUUAAUCUUACAUAAUCUAUUAGAAAGAAAUGAAGAUGAAUGGGAUGAACCUUCAGAGCAAAUAUUGAUGCAUCGAAUGCAAUAUAAUGAUAACGAUAAUAAUUCACAAAGAGACCGUGCAAUUAAAGAAGCAGGAAAAGUUAAAAGGCAAAAUCUAAUGGAUAUAGUAUUAAGUUAA